AUGACUGAGGCUAAUGCACUGUCUAGGUAUAUCAUAAUAUAUCAGUCUGUUCCAUUACGACUGAGGAUUCUCAAAGAUGCAACUACAUUCUUCUCUUGCUCCACGCCUAACUUGGCCACUGUGAUUCCUGCCAUGGACCUAAUCCAUGAGACACUCACAAGUUAUUCCCGGAACCAGAAAUAUUGUGCCUCUAUUCAUGCGGCUGUGCAUCUCGCCAAGGAAACUCUGAACCGCUACUAUGAGCUUACCGAUAAAUCCGAAAAAAUAGUUUUGCAUCCACAGCAUAAACUAUCAUACUUCAAGAAUGCUGGAUGGACAGAAGAGUGGAUCAACACUGCCGAAACCCUGGUGCAUGAGGAAUUUGAAUGCUCUUACUCAAUCCUGGACAUCAAGAAUGACACGGACACCGAGAUGGAUGAGGAGCCUGCUGGCUUGAUGGAUGUUGAUUCUUCCAUGUAUGUAUACUAUAGUACGCUAAUAAAAGAUAGCCGGUCCGUCAUGCUAAGUAAUGUGGUCUAUGGUCCAUAUUACAAAACAUUACGUAAUCGAGAGGUUCCAGUCAAGUUGUGCUCGCCACAAGUGAUGUUCUCUAGUGGAACACGACGACAAGUAGCAUGGGAAACCAUGGAGUUGACAAGCUUCUUUGUUCAUGAGGCGAGUGAUAGCAUGCUCAAGUGUGAGAUCAUUGGAUGGGGUACCAUCAAGGGAAACAAUGAAAUUUUCAUAGGAUGGGGGAAGACCAAGAGUGAGAAUGAGAAUAAGAUCUUCAUCAGAAACAUCGACAUCAAUUUCCUUUAA